UGUGUGUGUGUACACUUCUCCAUCGCCCUUACGUCUACUUUGCUUUACCUGUUCAUUGGACUCAUUCAUGUCAAUCAAGCAGACAGGAUGCAGACCUUGACCCAGCAUGUCCCCUUCCCUCGGGCCGCUUACUCCCAAGCCCGGGAAAACCUGGUGAAGGCCAUCCCGCCCAAACUCCUCUGCUUGCUGGCCUGCGGGGGACUGGACUGUCGUUACGAAGGACCAGACUGUUGGAAAGCGAGCCAGCAGGUCAUCCGUGGCAUUUUCUCCUCAUGGGUGACCGAUGACAUCAUCGCUAUGGCACGGCCGUCCACAAUCUUGAUUGAAAAGUUCGACGUUAUAGAACAAUUUCAGAGGUUGAAUAUAAGAUCCAUCAUAAACAUGCAAGUACCUGGCGAACAUGCGCACUGCGGACCCCCUUUGGACCCUGGAAGUGGCUUCACAUACCUGCCGCAGAUCUUCAUGGAGAAUGACAUUUAUUUCUACAACUUUGGGAUGCCAGAUUUCGGCGUGUCCUCCCUCGUCGGCAUCAUCGAUGGCGUAAAGGUGUUGGCCUUCGCUGCGGGGGAGGGAAGGGUUGCUGUGCACUGCCACGCCGGUCUGGGCAGAACAGGUCUGGGCAGAACAGGUCUGGGUUGGGAUUUGCGCUAGCGGGUGUGGAUACACAACUUGACACUGAUUGCUCCACAGGUGUCCUAAUAGCCUGCUACUUAGUCUACACUUUGCGGAUCAGUCCCAGUGAGGCCGUGCACUACGUCCGCAUCAAAAGGCGGGCUGCAGCCAGGGCCACUUGCUGGCUGCAGCCCGCAGAUCGAGGAGGGGCUUAUUUUCCCUCAAUGUGGGCGGGUCUCAACGUUGAGCCCGCGGGCUCCAUCUGGUGGCGGAGAUCCGGCAGCACACAUUCUCAAACGUCAAUAAAGCUACUUUUAACUUGUCAAAUGUAUUUUUUUUACCAUGAAAAAACAAUUAAAAAAAUAUAUAUAUAUAUAUAUAAACCAUAGUAUGAAAAAAGGUUCAUGUAUUUGAUAGACUUAGACAUUCCUACUUUUAACUUGUCAAAUGUAUCUGCCAUCUUUUUUGUAGUUUUAUUCCUUUUUUAUUAUCUUCAUUAUUUUCUGUAUUGAUCCUACACUAUUAUUGUGUUUUUUUGUUACUUCUGAUAUGGCCUUGCCACGGUUUACUUGCUUGUUUAUUUAUUUAUUUUUUGUGUCUUUUUAUUUUGUAUUGUUUUACAUCUGAUCAACUUCUGUGACUUUCCUUUUCUUUUUUAAGUGUGAACGGUGGAGAGGUCCUCGAGAGGUGAUCUUGGGAUCACUUCCUGAGGAUCCUUGAUGCCGAGGAAUGUUCAUCCACUAUGGUCUGGAUAGCCUGUAGCUGAUCCUGAGCCAGAGCGGGAUGGAUGGAUAUAUAUAUAUAUAUAUAUAUAUAUAUAUAUAUAUAUAUAUAUAUAUAUAUAUAUAUACAUACAAAAUCUGGGUAUCUUUUCUAAUACUGUUUAUACUGUAAACCUUGAAUUGUUAAAGUUUAAGUGCACCUCUCUCCUCAAGUGUGCAUGUGAGUGGGUAUGAGUGGAUGUGCGAUUGUAUGAAGGUUUUGCGUGACCAAAGUAUGACUGUUAAAUGUGAUUUUAACUGUAAAAUUCAAUAGAAAUAUUUGCAGAAAAAAACAAAAAAAAACCUUGUCAAAUGUAUUUUUUUUACCAUGAAAAAACAAUUAAAAAAAAAUAUAUAUAAACCAUAGUAUGGAAAAAGGUUCAUGUAUUUGAUAGACUUAGACAUUCCUACUUGUAACUUGUCAAAUUUAUUUUUUUUACCAUGAAAAAACAAUUUAAAAAAAAAAAUAUAUAAACCAUAGCAUUUCCAUAAGAGUAUAGACACAUAUUAUUUUGCACACUCAAUUAUAUUAGCUAAGUCAAAUAAACCAAAGACAGAAGACUUUGCAUCAUUGAUUUUAUUUUUCACCCUAGGCUAAAAAUGUUUGAUCUGUAAAGAAAAAAAAAUGUUGUAGCCUAGCCAAAUACAUUCCUUAAGCUUCCAUAAAUGUUUAACAAUGGCAAGUAUCAAGGUAUUGUUCUGGCCCAUAACAAGCAACCCUGUUCCCUGUUUCCAGUUCUGUUCAUUUUCCACUGUCUAGAAAGGAAACAGAUUGCCGUUCUUAUAGGCACAAUAACAAUGCAAGAUGUAAAACUAAGGUAAUUGAAAUAAGUGGAGGAAUUACGCUUUAGUCUAGCAAUAGUUGACUACAAGACUAAUUAAUCACAUGACCUCUCACCUGUAGCCCUCCUUGCACUCGUCGCCGUUUUCUGUCCUGCAAUCGGUCUUCUUCAGACCUUAGUGAUUUAAUGACAACAUACAUUCACUAUGAAAACAUUCAUGUUGGUCUGUUGACCGUGAGUAAAACAUUUUUUUUGUGAUUUGUGAUAUUCAAAGCACUUACGGCAUGGGGAAGUUCUGCAGGAGAGCGAGACACCACCAUCUCCUCAUUUGCAGCAUGUUUUCCUUUGAAGAAGGAAAUGCAGGAAGAUGUUAAUAUC